CCGCGCACUCGGAGCCGGCGCGCUCUCCCGUGGGCCCCGAGCGCGCGCCUGCCCGCCUCCGCCCGGAUGGACUCCGAGGCCCCGGCCACGGCCCCGGCGCCGGCCAAGCGCUACUUCACGUGGGACGAGGUGGCGAAGCGCUCCGGGAGCGAGGAGGAGCGGUGGCUGGUGAUCGAGCGGAAGGUGUACGACAUCAGCGAGUUCACCCACCGGCACCCCGGGGGCUCCCGCGUCAUCAACCACUACGCGGGGCAGGAUGCUACGGAUCCCUUUAUGGCGUUCCACAUCGACAAGGGCCUUGUGAGGAAGUAUAUGAACUCUCUCCUGAUUGGAGAACUGUCUCCAGAGCAGCCCAGCUUUGAGCCCACUAAAAAUAAAGAGCUGAUGGAUGAAUUCCGAGAGCUGCGGGCCACAGUGGAGCGGAUGGGGCUCAUGAAGGCCAACCAUGUCUUCUUCCUGUUGUACCUACUUCACAUCCUGCUGCUGGACGUUGCUGCCUGGCUCACUCUUUGGUUCUUUGGGACAUCCUUAGUGCCCUUUCUCCUCUGUGCAGUGCUGCUCAGCACAGUUCAAACCCAGGCUGGCUGGCUGCAGCAUGACUUUGGGCACCUGUCUGUCUUCAGCACCUCUACCUGGAACCACCUGCUACAUCAUUUCGUGAUUGGCCACCUGAAGGGGGCCCCUGCCAGUUGGUGGAACCACUUGCACUUCCAGCACCAUGCCAAGCCCAACUGUUUCCUCAAAGACCCAGACAUCAGCAUGCACCCCUCCUUCUUUGCCUUGGGGAAGAUCCUCUCUGUGGAGCUUGGGAAACAGAAGAAAAAGUACAUGCCAUACAAUCACCAGCACAAAUACUUCUUCCUGAUUGGGCCCCCAGCCUUGCUGCCUCUCUACUUCCAGUGGUAUAUUUUCUAUUUUGUUAUCCAGCGGAAGAAGUGGGUGGACUUGGCCUGGAUGAUGACCUUCUAUGCUCGCAUCUUCCUCACUUACGUGCCGUUUUUGGGACUGAAAGGCGUCCUGGGCCUUUUCUUCAUGGUCAGGUUCCUGGAAAGCAUCUGGUUUGUAUGGGUAACACAGAUGAACCAUAUCCCCAUGCACAUUGAUUACGACCGGAAUAUGGACUGGGUCUCCACCCAGCUCCGGGCAACAUGCAACGUCCACAGGUCUGCCUUCAACGACUGGUUCAGUGGACAUCUCAACUUCCAGAUUGAGCACCAUCUUUUCCCCACAAUGCCUCGACACAAUUACCAUAAAGUGGCUCCCCUGGUGCAGUCCCUGUGUGCCAAGCAUGGCAUAGAGUACCAGUCCAAGCCCCUGCUCUCAGCCUUCGCCGACAUUAUCUACUCACUGAAGGAGUCUGGGCAGCUCUGGCUAGAUGCCUAUCUUCACCAGUAACAACAGCCCCCACCCCCAUCUGUAAGAGAUGCCUAUCUUCACCUAUAACACCAGCCUGAAAAAAAAUAAUAAUAAAAAAAAUUAAAAAAACAAACAAAAAAA